AUGGACUCUGAGACACUCCCGACGUCUGGGUUAGUCUUACACAUCUGGCCAGGCCAAUGGGACUUGCCCUCCUUCGACCCACACUGUCUCGCGACAGUGCUUUAUCUCCAACUCGCCAUCCCCGGAAAAUACAGCCUUGUCGAGUGUGCAAACCCGGACUCGUCGCCCACCGGACAGCUGCCUUUCCUUGUCCACGGGCAGUACUCGGUUGGAUCGUUUGCCGGGAUCGUUAAGUAUGUAUCGGGUCUGCGGAAUGAGGAUUAUAAAACGUACCCGGAUGCGAAUUUGGAUGUGCGGUUGACUGCGUCGGAGAGGGCGCAGAAAACGGCGUGGGUCGCGCAUGCGGAGUCUCACCUUGGUGACUUGGUGUUUCAUACGUUAUACGCGAACGGGGAGAAUUGGGUGAAGAUGACGCAUCCUGCGUUGGCAUCCAUGUUCCCCGUGCCCCAGAAAUAUUACGUGCCUAGGAGGAUGAGAAAUAGUUAUUACCCAAGAUUAGUUGCUGCUGGUUUGUGGAGGCAGGUCGUCGAGGAAGAGAAAUCACAGAAGGAGAAGUUUCCCAGAGACGUGAAGCCUGCGGAGAGGGCAAAACUCAGCGCCAACACGACUCUGUCGCAAGCUUUUGACAAGGAGAAGGUUCUGGCGAAAGCUGGUUAUGAGCUAGAUAUUUACAGCGAGCUUCUGGGUGGUAAAAGAUUCGUGUUUCAAGACAAGCUAUCUACCGUGGAUGUUAUAGUGGCUGCACAUAUUCUCCUCCUUGUAUAUCCUCCAUUUUCAGAUCCUAUGGUCAAAGACCUAUUAACGGAGUCGUAUCCAACCCUGCUCACACACUCCCGGAAAGUACACGCUGUAGCACUGGGAUCUAACACAUCUCAACUCUCGUACGACGCCCCUUCUUCCUCGUUAUGGGCCAUCAUACCCGCAUUCCCGAAAUCAUCUUCCAAGUCAUCGUCUAAAAAGCCGGAGGAGACGCCAGAGGACUUGCAAUUCAGGCGGAUGCGCUGGGGGUUCGUGGGUGCGGCGCUUGGGUCUUUGGUGGUGUAUGGUAUGUUGAUGGCUCAGCACAUUGAAAUCGUUCGGGUACCUGCUACAGAGAGUAAUGAGGAAGUGGCAGGGGAAGAGGAAGAUGUCAUUCUCCUGUCCCCAGAAGAGGAGGUAGAGGAGGAUGUGGACACAUCAAGUAGUUAG